AGAACGGAUAUCAAGUAUUCAUCGCGACAUUUUGGAUCAUACAGGUGGUUGCCGCGAUUUCUUGGUUUGGAUUCCUACAGCACUCCGAAUGCAAGGACUAAUUCAGACAGAGAAUGCUAGCGUGGUCUUUUAUUUUCCUGCUUUGUAUCUGGGAAAAUGUCUCUGGACAGAUCCGUUAUUCAAUUCCUGAAGAGCUGGAGCACGGAGCCUUUGUUGGGAAUGUCGCCAGGGAUUUAGGCUUAGACGUGAACGAGUUAGCUAAUCGCAAUCUUCGGUUAAUGUCUGAAGCCAAUGAGCGGUAUUUUAAGGUAAACUUGGCUAACGGAGAGUUGCGUGUGAAUGCUAAGAUAGACAGAGAGAAACUCUGUGGACAAAACGCUAGAUGUGUCCUUACUAAUGAUAUUAUAAUUGAAAAUCCGGUGGAGCUUUACAGCGCUGAAGUCGAGAUAUUGGAUAUAAAUGAUAAUUCGCCCAGUUUCUCAGAUGAUGAGCUCCAUCUGGAAAUUGUGGAGUCAGUUCCGCAGGGAACGCGCUUCCUGCUCCCGAGCGCGCACGAUCCCGACGUGGGCACCAAUUCCAUCAACACUUACCAUUUGAACGCAAAUCAACACUUCGCCUUAGAGGUCAAGAACAGCAGCGACGGUAGUAUAACUGCAGUCUUAGUGCUGACCAAGGCUUUAGACAGGGAAGCGCUGGCGACUCAUCGGUUAACUCUGACAGCUAUUGACGGUGGAAUCCCAGUGAAGUCAGGCACUUCCCAAAUUAUCAUCACUGUUCUCGAUGUCGACGACAACUGGCCGGUAUUCGAGCAGGCAGUGUACAAGGUGAGGUUACUGGAAAACGUGCCAGUUGGUACUUUGGUUAUCAAACUCAAUGCCACUGAUUUGGAUGAAGGUUCUCAUGGUGACAUAAGCUAUUCCUUCAGCAGCAGUACCCCGGCUAGAGUGCGUGACCUCUUCAGCCUCGGGUCCAAAAUGGGAGAAAUGAGAGUCAAGGGGGUACUGGAUUUCGAGGAGAAUAAUCUUUAUGAGAUUAACAUUGAAGCAAAGGACAGCAUUCACUUUGCAGUUUGCAAAGUUAUAGUGGAGAUAAUUGAUGUGAAUGAUAAUGCACCAGAGGUGACAUUAAUGUCAGUAUCUACCCCGGUCCGGGAGGAUGUCCAGCCUGGGACUGUAGUAGCUCUGAUGCGUGUAACGGAUCGAGAUUCUGGAGUAAAUGGGCAGUUUCAGUGUCAGAUUCCGCAUGACCUACCAUUUAACCUCAAAACAUCUUUAAAGAACACAUACACACUGACCACCAGCCAUAUUCUGGACAGGGAGAUGGCUUCCCAAUAUACCGUUCACAUAACCUGCACUGAUGCAGGAUCUCCUCCCCUCCCCACCAACAAAACCAUUCUGGUUCAAGUUUCGGAUAUUAAUGAUAAUCCACCACGUUUUGCACAGCUUUCCUAUACAGUUUAUGUGCCCGAGAACAACCCUCCUGGCUCUUCCAUAGGUGCUGUCUCCGCUUUGGACCCGGAUCUGAACCAGAAUUCACAUGUAGCGUAUUCAAUCCUGAACAGCCAAGUUCAUAACAUGCCUGCACCCGCCUACGUUUCCAUCAACUCGGACACCGGUGUCAUCUAUUCCCAACGCUCAUUCGAUUACGAGGAACUCAAAAGCUUCCAGGUCUAUGUUCAAGCUCGGGACGCUGGAUUCCCGCUCCUUGACAGCAACGUGACUGUGAACGUCAUCGUCCUGGAUCAGAACGAUAACGCCCCGCACAUCAUUUCCCCAUUGACCAAGAAUAAUUCACGAAUAACUUUGCCUCGCUCGGCGGACCCGGGCUACCUCGUGACCAAAGUGAUGGCUGCAGAUGCAGAUUCCGGCCAGAAUGCUCGUUUGUCUUAUCAGUUGCUCCAGGCCACUGACUCGGGCCUGUUCAGCGUGGCACACGGGUCCGGAGAAAUCAGGACAAAUCGUCGUUUCGUGGAAAAGGACGACCCCAUGCAUAAACUCGUCGUUCUGGUGAAAGACAAUGGACACCCAUCCCUUUCCGCCACGGUCACCAUCAACUUAUUAAUAACAGACAGUGGCGCAGAAACUCUGUCAGACCAAAUUCCACAAUCCCAGGACGUCCGUCCCACUUCUAAUUUAGCGUUUUAUUUAAUAAUCACGUUAGCUUCAACCUCCUCCAUUCUCCUUGUCGUUCUAAUCGUCCUCAUUGCGACCAUGUGUCAUUCUGAUAGAAAUAGGUCUCGCUGCUGUGACUUCUCCCCCUCGUGCUGCAAUUUAAAACGGUGGCAUGCGGACGACACUUUCCCAAAUUCCCAUCUAUAUUUUCAAACUGUACCCGAUUACAAAGGAACCCCGCACUUCGUUGAGUUAGUUGGCAAUGGGUCGCUUUCUCGAACAUACUCCUAUAAGGUUCGCCCAAAUCAAUUAUCAAGUAAGGGGGAUUUCGUCUUUUUAGCGCCAUACAACACGGCAACGUUGCAAAAUGACGUGGCAAAUACUGACACGCUUCUGGCAGAAUGGAGAGGGGAGCUAACGAAUAAUUGGAAAAAUCCGCACUCUGAGGUGGGACAAUUGAAUUCAGACUGGCGUGCUUCAGAGCCUCACAUAGUCGGAAAGAUCAGUUCCCAGUGUUUGGAAGAAAAUCUAACCCAGGAUGAAGUUAAACGAGAAUUCAACAGAAGACACACAGCAGCAGCAGAUGUGGACUACAUUAAAGCAUCUCCAGAUCUGGAAGAUGGCAUACCUACCUGGGCACCCAGGUUUGGAACUCAGCAUCUUGGAAACUUGGAACCUGAUGAGUAUCAGUCUAACAUCUACAUGGGAGGCACUCCAGUCAUGCUAUCUAGCAAACAGGACCAAGUUGCCAAGCAGGAUGGGCAACAUUCUGCUUCUUCCACUCGAAAGAAGAAGAAGCGUACUAAACGAUCAGAAAAACGAGAGAGUAAAGCUGCCAAGGAGGAAUCACAGAAUGAGUAACGUCAUUUGUCACAGCAAUCUGAGAACUCUCAGAAACCAGGUCAGAUCAUCAGGGUAGACACAAGGGUUCUGUAAAUUCAAUUUAAAAUCACAUUUGGAAGAAGUAUUGUUGUGUGCACUCAAAUGCUAAUUUGUUUGUCUUGGAUGUUUUCUAAUUCUAGUUAAAGGGUUUUAUUUAGCUUGGCUCUAUUCCUUGUGUUGACCAACUUUCAUUUCUUAUAUGUUCAACUGUAACCACAUGAAAGUCAAUGGUAAAAACAAAUUAGAAACAAAUGAUUCAAAAUAACUUCAUGCUAACAUAACAUUGAAGCCAACACCUUUUGUGAAAUAUGUAUUGUCAAUUUUACACCCUUAGUGUCUUUCCCAGUGUCUGACUACAGAACAGAUUAACUGUACUAUACAUGUUUAAAGUGAAAAAAUAUAUAUGACGUUAGUGAAUAUUGAUUAAAUCUUGAACUAGCCAGCUGGAUAAGCAAUCAGAAUUCACCUGAGAUGCGUGAAGACAAAUGUACACAAAAUCUAAAAGCUGUUUUAAGCAGUGAUCAUUUCUAGUGCCAAUGCAUAAGGAUUUUAUUCCACAGGAAUAUGGAUUAAAAAGUUCUUGAGUCAAUGCAUGUCAUGCCAAACUAGCGACUGCAGUUUCUCCAUGUCUCAACAAAUUGUGACUUGGAUUGAAGAACAGCAUGUAUUUGCCAUUACUUAUAUGGUAUUCAAACAUCUGACAGUUAGAUAUAUUUUCCUCUGUGUGUAAAGUUGGGGAAAAUAAUCUUACUAAACUUAUUAUAAAGCCUUGAAAGCUGAAUGAAUGAAAUUUCUUUAACUUUACAUGCAGGGCAAAAUGCACCUCUGUGUGUCUAACAGAAUGUGGAUGAAACAGUAAACUGGCUUCAGCUACUCACCUUAGCUAGGUCAGGCUGUUACUGCUUAAUUUUCAUUUGAAGCAUAUUGUACAUUUUUGACAUCAGUAAUCACAAAAAUACGUCACUUUCUUUUUCAAUCACCUGCGGCAAACUAUGCAUUUUUGUUACAUUUGUACCAAAGGUGGCUUUCUUUCUCAAUAACAUCAAAUGUAAUCUUUUAUGCUUAGUCUAUUUUCGGAUGUAUUCUGUUUUUGCAUGUAUAAGUAAACGUGAUCAGGACAAUC